GUAGCGAACCCGGGUGUGGGCGUCAUGUUUGCUUGUUUUUUUAUUAAGAGUAUUUGGAACAUGUAGUUUCAUGAUAUGCUCUUGAUCCAAUAGGUUUAAUUGUCUUACUUUUUUAAUUUGUCAAAUUCAAACAAGCGUGUAAGUUCUGUUAUACGCCACCAGGUGGUGCUGCUGACCCGUUUCUGUAAUUUUGAGUUUAGGGUAAUCUCUUUUUAUUUGAUUAGUAGUGAAUAAUCUUUGUUAAAACAUGUAGGCUACAAAUACACUCUCCAAACUAAGGCUCCAACUAAAAACAAAUGUACAGAUACUCUCUCUCUCUCUCUUCCUCUCCCUCUUUCUCUCUCCCUCUCCCCCUCUCUGUCUGCAUGUGUUUGUGUUUGAGCCUCGAGACAGCUCCAGCCAGUCAGACGCCAGCAGAGGAGCGCGAGCCCGCUUCGCUUUGUAACCAUUUAGCUAUCUGGUCCUUCAAUGACAGGCUGAACGCUGCACGCACAGAGAAGCAGGAUCCCGCGAGACACGGAGAGGAUCUACCGGUGUCAGCUCAGAAGAUACAGCUCGUUGGACUUUCAAACAAAGAUUACUAUCGGGAUAAGCAGGAACUUACUGUAUCCGUUUUACAUGUUGAAGUGGCAGCGCGAUACCGGAGCGUUUCUUCUAGACGGGACCCGAAGCUCCACAGACUCCGAGAUGUGUCGGUCCCGGGGCAGCAUGUAGGGGACUAGUUCAUCUGGGAGAAGCUGUCUGGUUUGGUGGAGUUUAGAAACUAUUGCUUUGAGGGUGCAUGAACUCUUUCUGUGUCUUUCAUAUGUUGACACUCCUGACAGCCCGUGACAAGUUAUCAAUUAUGUAACUCCGAAUAAGAUCCAAUAAGCUUACGUUCCUCUGGGUGCUUUGAAAACUUGUGUAUAUACUGUGACUGUCUGUUUUUGAUCUGGUCAUUAUUACAUAACUGGUCAGUGUGAAUGCAUUUAGCAUUUUAAACUGCUCAUGAAGAAUUGCCAUCCUGUUCAUGUGCUGUUCCCAUUAUUUUGUCCAGCAGCUGCGGCUCCGCUGCAGCCGAUCUGUGCUCAGUGUGUGUGUCAGUGUGGGUUAUUCACAGUGCUGCUAUGCAGACUGACUGGAGCCACGCUCAGACAGCUCCACUGUAAGCCCAACUCUGAGGCACAGGCCUGGACCGCUCACACAGAGAGAAACCUUUACAGCUGAGGAAAGCUCCCUGCAGUCUGGAACUAGAGGGGCCACUUGUGCGGAAUAGCAGAUGUUACACAGCUUUGUGUACUAAUGUGGAUUAUUCAGGAUGCUGCUAUGCAGACAGAGUGGAGCCACAGAAACUCUGCUGGUAAAGUUGAAGCAACACACACGGCUGUGCAGCUUCUGUCAGUGCACUUGAACAGCUUGUGUUACGCUGUUGGCAGCUGAAGGUUUGUCAGGAACGAAGGUUUUUUUUUUUUUUAACUCAUACUGGUUAAGUAUGAGUACAUUAUGAGUUGGAAACCUUCACAUAGACUUGUACGAAAAGCUGUGUCUGAAACACAAAAAGUCUCCUUCCACUUUUUUACAGUAAUGAAGCCAAUGCAAGCAGGGGAACAUUGUGAAAGAUGACAGUGAAACUUUGUGGAAUUGAAUCAUUUUGCAUUCGAGACACGCGGUGCAUUUUGCAUAGUUGAAAUUAGAUUAGUUGUUAACAUUUCACUUCAAUAGCUUGUUAGUUACACUGAUUGUCGGAAAAUGAAGAACCCUCAUCCACUGAGUAAUACCUGGAGUAGAUCCAUUAACAAAGACCCAGUGCUGAUCUCUGUGCCAGACACUAACAAGAAGUUCAAGAGGAAGUCUCGGGAGCCUAAAAGGCUUUACAGCGGCCCUGAGCCUGAGAGGAUGAACACCUACCCAGAGAACAUGUCGGAUGUGAACUCGGUAGAUGACUCCCAGACAGAGGCGUGUAAUGUCAGCAGGUUGGAUCCUCUACAGAGACAGCUGAUGAUGUCACAGGAGGGGAUGGCCAGUACUACGGGGAUGCUGUCCGGACUACCACAAGGUAACGUGGCUCCAGCUCAGAGCGGCGCCAUAGACAUGAGAAUUGGCAUUAACGUGCCCGCCAUCACUUCCAAACUGUCCCAGUUACCCUCCUCUCCAUUCUCUAACUCUGAGAUCUCCCACUGGCCCACCGCCAUCUCCCAGCCUCUGUCCAACAGACUCAAACUGGGCCUCUGCUCCACUUUUCCUCUGUCCACAUCAUCCAGCAGCAGCCACAGCCAUUCACCCAACCACCUGGCCUUCUCCCUGGAGCCCCAAACUUCAGCUCUGCCUGUCCCGAGAGCCUCCCAGACCCAGUGCCACGAGUAUAUGGAGCCCCAGGACCAGUCACCUGAGGAGUCUCCCAGGAGGCAGGCUGGGGGGAGUGCUGGUAGACCUGGCCGUCUCCCAGAGGUCAAAGCCAUCCAGCAGACCAGGAGGCUUCUAGCCAACGCCCGAGAGAGAACCCGGGUCCAUACCAUCAGUGCUGCGUUUGAGGCCCUUAGGAAACAGGUGCCUUGUUACUCUUAUGGGCAGAAGCUAUCCAAGCUGGCAAUAUUACGUAUAGCCUGCAACUACAUCCUGUCUCUGGCUCAGUUGGCUGAGCUGGACUACAGUCCAGACCAUGGCAGUCUGAACUUCUCUCAGUGUGUGGAGCAGUGCACCAGGACCCUGCAGGCCGAGGGCAGGAGCAAGAAGAGGAAGGAGUGAAGCUGAGAGCAGAGGACCGGUCCAAUAUGUAAACCUCUGACAAAGCAACGAGGAAGCAGAAUACUGACGAGAUGAGGAUCAGAGGAAAGCUGAGGGAGUGAAACUUUUUUUCACCACUCAUUAAUAACUAGCAUCAAUACUUGACUCUGAGGUGGAAUUGUGGAGUUUUGUACAUAAAGGCCCACAACUGACAAACAGACAAAGGGACUUCAAGGAUCGGCCCACGGAAUCACUCAGCAACAACCUGCACUCAACUAUGCAUACAGCGAAUAACGUUACAUUACUUCCUCGUCAGCAUGUCUGUAAGAAUGUAGUUCCUGAGAACACAAAUCAUCUGGUGGCAGGUGUAUAAAGCUCUAAAACAACAUCAGUCUGAUGAGGAUCAAACAUUUGAACAGUCACUGCAGUUCAAGCACUACAUUAACGAAGCAGUUUUAAUACUAGAUGUUCUAUAGUUUAUAAUCCUGUUAUAUUUCAAAAUAUGCCAAUUAUGUUUAUUCAGUACAAAUAAAAAUAAUUGAAAACAUUAACCAUUGUGAUUUUUCACAAACACUACGUUAAUACAAUAGAACUACUAUACAUUAUAUUUCUCUCUAUAUGUAUUUAUAUGAAAGGAACAGUGUGUAUGAUUUACGUUGAUUUAUUGGCAGAAAUUGAAUAUAAUAUUCACAACCAUGUUUUUAUUAGUAUAUAAUCAUCUGAAACUAAGAAGGGUUUUAUUGCAAGAGAAUGAUCCCCUCACAUCUACAUGGGAAUGGGUCCACUCCACAGAUUCUCCAUGUUGCUACAGUAGCCCAGAAGGGGCAAACCAAACACUGGCUCUAGAGACGUUUGCUUCUUUUUGUUACCUGAAGGCCACUCUAGUUCUUCAGCACGCUUAGAAAAGGAGUGAAAGGAAUUCAGUUGGUUGCAAUCUGCAACUUCACCACUAGGUGCCACUAAAUCGUAUACACUGCUCCUUUAAAGGCUGCAAUAAACUGUUAUAACACAAACGUUAAUGGGCCACUACAGUGCACUGCAUUAAGGUGGGGGACUAGUGGAAAAAGACACUGGAUCCACUGGAUUUCUAAUAAUACCACUUGAUGGCAUCUUUCAUUAGAACCUCCGUCUGAUAAUUAUGAAGCUGUGAGAGUCAACUUUGGCAUUGAAAAAAGGAAACAUUGGCAUUGAGAUGCUUGUGUAGGAAAAAAGUUUUAUUGGCAAUGAAAAAAAAUAAAACAGGCAUUAGAAAUAGUUUUGUUCUAUUUUCAGUUUUUUUACAAUGAUAGUUUUUCCCACUGAUCUAUAUAUAUAUAUAUAUGUAUCUACAUAAUGAGGAGAGAACGGCACUCUUUCAAAUAUUAUUUUUGAUGGCAAAAUCUAUCGUCACUGUCUUCCUCCAUAGAUGAUUGCCCAUGUGUUUUCAAACAGCUGUGAUCUUCUGUGAUCAGUGUUAUUUGAUCAGACUUGACCAGAGCCACAGAAAACAUCACACAGGCUGAGUAGCACAUCUCAAGUCAUGAGGAGUGAGGACGGGCAGAAGUAGCAGAGGACUGUUACUUGUGACGAACCGCUCAUACAUGCAACAAUCUUUUCAAUAAAGUACGUCUUGGCAACACGCAACCUCAAAGCCAUGAUGGCAAUCUGUGACUAAGCAGAAAGAAGUUGUUGAGACCCAGCAGAGAGAGCAGCAGGAGGAGUUAGUCUUCAUCUGAGACAACCAAUGAUUCAGAAAAAUGAAUUCAAUAACAAUAACUUGAGAUCAUACCUUGCCACUCUAAUACAGACAAAUGGGUGCGAGAAUAAGAUGAAGCAAAAAAGGCAGAAUUCUAGUCUGUUGACAACACAUCUCUAUGAGCCUCAGAGUUCCUCUUAUACAGUACCUGAUAUAAGGGUAUUCAAAUAAUACAUGCGUGUUUUAGACCUCACUAUCAACAGGCGACAGUCUUUCCCAUUGAAGGGUAGCCUUUCUGUCACUUCCGCCGUCAGAAGCAAGGAGUGAAAGUCUUAAGGUGGUUACUUCUUUUUCUAAUAUCUUUUGCUGUUUCAGUCUCUCUUUCAAACUCUCAAAACAGAGUUGUUGAUUGUUGGAACAGUUGAAAGACUGAAAGAAUUUGAUUUCAUUGUGUAAAAUGACUGUCUGAUUGGAGUCUGGUACAUGGACUGUACUUCUCUUUCUAGUCUUUUCGACCAGUCAAAGCUUUCACACUACUUGUCAUCAUUCACACACCAUCAGACUAACAGUCAUACACCGUAGCAAAUUUGGGGUUGAGUGUCUUGCUCAAGGACACAUCGAGAUGCGAUCGAACCGCCGAUCUUCUGAUUGAAGGAUGACCCUGCUCUCCACUUAGCCACAGUUGCUGGUGGCUUUGACGAUAUAUUAAUUCUAUGUUUUGUAUGUUAAUAAAUUCUGAUAAUUAUCCAAA